AUGUCUAAUGCUUUCCCAAAACCAAAGGAAAUUGUUGGGUAUCCUGACAAGGAGAAGCCGUCCUCAUUCUCGGCUAGAAGGGUAACUGUCCACCUUCCAGCCCAGGUCACAGAGAUACCACACAGGGAAGCAAUUCUCAAAGUCACCUCCAUGCCAGACAACAGCCUGCUCGCAGUGGGGCAGGACGGCUUGGUGUCACUGUGGUCUCCAGAGCUCAAACUCAAGAAAACCAGAUCAGUGCUUAACAAACAGCCGUCCAGAACACCUAAAUGGAUUGCAGACACAACUUUGAUGCCUCAGUACAACAAACUUGUGCUUGGUACCUGUGAUCGUGAGUUACGACUGUAUGACCUCUCUAACUUUGGACUGUAUUUCCAAAUCACAGGUCUUGAAAGCAUGCCUUUACAGCUAGACUAUAGUUACAAAGGCAAAGAUGAAUGCAUAUUACUGUAUGGCGAUGACCAGGGAUGUGUAAAUAUCAUUGUAAUGACAAGAGUGGGAGAGACUCUGAGAAACUGGUCAAAGAGUCAGCCAGUAGAUGGGAUUCCUAGUGUUUCUGUUGAGGCUAUCACUGAGGGGGGAGCGGUCAGCUUCACCCGUUGGAAGGUGCACAAUGACUGGGUCACAAAGAUCAAAUACUGCCACUCUAUUCAAUCAGUGAUAUCCAGUUCAAAUGACGAAGACACAUCUUUGGUAAUAGGCACUGUUACUGGAACCAAGAAUGUCCUCCAAAGACUGAAGGAGAUGUCAGAUGCUGGUAGUGUGAAAGGCAGACCCCCCUUGCAGACAGGCUCCUGUGUAUCUCGCAGACUGAGCUCAGAUGAGUCUGUCUUCAAAGCCUACAAAGGAGUGAAAACCUUUGAUUUCUCCAGGGAGAGCAACCUGCUUGUGACAGGAGGAUUAGACCGAGCCAUUCGCCUGUGGAACCCCUACAUCCCAGGGUGGCCUAUUGGUUUACUCCAGGGGCACAACGCACCAAUCAGCUUCCUGCACAUCAGCACUGAAGAGAGCAGGAUCUAUUCAGUUUCCACGGACAACAAUGUUAUGGUGUGGGAUAUGGAAGACCAGAUCUGCUUAGCCAGUAUCAUAUCCAGAGCCAGUCAGAUCAGAGGAAUGCUGUCAGCCUGCUACUUCUCGGAGGAGCUGGGAGCUGUCUACAUUGCCACUGACACUCUCGCUCUGCUGCAGUUCAGACACAAAAAAACAGAACUCAGCAAUGCCUCCACCUCACACAAGGGGCCUGUCCUGUGCUGCCGCUACAACAAGCAAUUCCAACACGUCAUUAGCUGCUGUGAGGGCUCUGUGAGUACUCAGCCCUCUUUAUAG